AAAGGAAAGGAAUGCUUCCCGUUCUUCCUAAUUAAAUAAACACGGUUAAAGCUUGGGGUAUUAUAUUUAUUGCUACAGUAUGUAUUUCAAGUCGAAGUGCGUUGAUAGUAAAUGCAUGUAGCUAAGUUACCUUUACUCGACGAAUUCCUGUUACUUACUACAUGCAAGGGAUGUCUGAAGAUGGAGUUACAAAUUGACAUUUUCCACAGAAAAGACAACGAUAUGUACAUUCUUAACAGAAGCGAGAGCUCAGAGGACGAUGGAAAGAAACUGAAGAGAAGAGAGAAAAACAGAGUCGCCGCACAAAGGAGUCGGAAAAAACAGACGCAAAAAGCCGAUGUACUUCACAAGGAGUUUGAGUGCUUGGAGCAGGAGAACUGCAUGCUGAAGAAGGAGGUGCAAGCGCUACGGGAGGAGCAGAGGCAGCUGAGGGAGGCCCUGGAGACCCAUGAGCCUCUCUGCCCGCUCCUUCACUGCGCCAUGAGUCUGGUGUCUGGCCAAAGGUCAGAGGUCAUUGCCAGCUGCCUCCCCAGAUAGGGCUGCCGUUCCGGCCCCAGUCGACUUUUUGCGCUCCCCACAUCUCAGGAACACCCCGUGUGGUACACAGAGUGGGGUACACCUGCAUUUGAUUCAGCCUGAGACCGGGACGACUCCGGGAAAGGUUGGGAAAAUGGAACAUUAGGAAAAUGGAACGUUACGGCGAUUAAACCCUUCUGAUCGAACCUGGAGCCCUCAGAUCAAAUGAAAGUCCUUGUAGCUGAUGUCACAAGCUUUGAGAUUGCCUGUGUGCUUCUAAACCUGUAGUUAUGUACAUAAUCUUGUAGGCUGUUGUCUGAAAUGUGAACAAAGUGUGAUGUUUGCAGGGUAAUGUAAGAAUAUAUUGAUUUAUUGUGUAUUAAUUUAAUCCUGAACAUUGGGCUUUGGGUAUUCAUUUAGUCAGAUUCCUGUUUCUCUGCCUUCUCACAGAUGAACUGCUUGUGUGUGGGGUAGUGCUCUUGUGCUAUAGCCCAAACUCCAACCUAAUGAUGGUUCAGAAGACAUUACAUUACAUUACAUUACAAGGCAUUUAGCAGACGCUCUUAUCCAGAGCGAUGUACAACGAAGUGCAGAUCAAAUACAAGUACAAGUGUGAAGAGGACCUGAGAGGACAGUACGGUUCCGAGUCCUAGUCUGACCAUACAGAUACAAUCGGAACCCUUGAAGAAUCCAUCAACUUCCAAACUAGCAUACCACAGGUGGCAGCUAGAAUACCCCGAGUACAACAAUACAAUAGCUAAUACAAAACACAACAAUAUCUAUAUAACUAUAUAAGUGCCAUUAUAGUCUAUGGCAUAUAUAAGGAUAAUCAUGGUGGUGAGUUAGGGAGGGAAAGGUGUAGCCUGAAGAGAUGAGUCUUCAGUCUGAGCUUGAAAGAGGUCAGAGACUGCCGUUCUGACAUCCACCAGGAGGUCAUUCCACCACAGUGGGGCCAGGACAGACAGCACAGACAGGGUCUUGCUGGUGUAUAGGUCUUGAUAAGUGAUUGAAUAUACACAGGGGCUGAUCCCUUAACUGCCUGGUACGCAAACACCAAAGUUUUAAAUUUGAUGCGAGCCAUAACAGGCAGCCAGUGGAGGUUGCUGAGCAGGGGGGGUGACUUGAAUGUCUGGGAACAUUGAAUACCAGAUGGGCUGCAGCAUUCUGGAUCAGUUGUAGGGGUCUGAUUGCAGAUGCUGGAAGGCCAGCCAGCAGAGAAGAGUUGCUUUCUUGAUAGGACAUGCUUGAAUAUUCUGUAAUUUUAUGCACUUAUACCUGAUUUUAAACUUGUUUGACACUGAACAGUUCAAUAGUCUCAUCACCUGAGUUCCAAGUUUGUUUAGUACUUAUGCCACAAUAAAGGUCAGAUGCAUAUCAUGGUACAGUAAGUCAUACAGUAAACAUUAAUUCACCCCAGGAAGGUGAAAGUAUGCAAUUAUCAAGAUUCUUGGUGAGAUACAUUUUUUAUCUAGAGAUGUAAAACAAUAUCUAGCUUAAAACCCCCCAUUAAAUCUGCCUUAUAAUGAGAU